GACCCAGGGGUCACUGUGCACAAAGAAGCCCACUCCUUCCUGUCUGAUAUCUGUCUGUUCCGAUGGCACCCCACCAAGAAGGGCAAGCUGGUGUUCGGGCACACCGAUGGAAGUUUGUCUGUUUUUCAGCCAGGUGAGGAUCAACAACAUGUUACUCUGCGAUUCUUCAACAGAAAGUAAUCCCAGCUGCAGAAACAAUGAGUAGAAAAGUAAGUACACCCCUUAAUCCAUCAGUUUACAGAAGCACCUUUAGCAGCAGUAAUUCUUCAGUGCUUGUUUUCAGUCAACCAAGCUGAGGUCUGGACUUUGACUAGGCCACUGCAGUGCCUUCUUCUUCAGUCAUUCUGUUGUAGAUCUGCUGUUUGGAACAUUGUUCUGUUGAUGACCCAGGUUGGACCGAGCUUUAGCUGUUGGACAGAUGGACUCCAGAUUACUAUGAUGUUCAGAGGAGAUCAUGGUCCACUAUAUGGCCGCAGGAUGUCAAGGUCCUGUUACUGCAGAUUAUCAUCCCUCCGCCACCAUACAGUUUGUAUGAGUGUUUGUGCUGAUCUGCUGUGCUUGGUUGGGGUCAAACAUCUCUUCACAGCUGUGUCCAGGACGUGGGACACAUUAUUUAAGAGGUCUUAUUGUUUCUCAGAUGCAGCUUUGAAAACCUGCUUUGUGUUCCUGUUUUGUCUUUAGAGAGAAAAGUCUUUUUCUUUCAAGCCCCUCAGUGUUUUUCUAAUUGUCUUGUGAUGACCUUUAAAAUUUGACCUGCUUUGACCUUGGGCUGAAUCUGCUGGGACGUCCACUUCUGGGAAGAUUGGCAGAUGUCUGAGAUGUUUUCCUCUUGGGAAUAAUCUUCCUCUCUGCAGAAUGAUGGAUUUCAGAUCAUUUAGAGGUGACCUUCUAACCCUUCCUAUGUUGAUGUGCAGCAACAGUUGUUGCUCUGUCUGAGGUCAUUGCUGAUGUUUUUCCACCUUGGCAUUGUGCUAACAAACACCUGUAUGCCUCCUUAGCAGCAACGUGACUAAAUUCCUGCUUUGGUUGAGGUGCUCACUCUGAUGAUGAUCAGUUCAUUGAAACAUCAGAUCUGCAGCAGCUGGCUGAGACUUCUCCAAGCAAAUGGCAGCAGGAACAUUGGACCUUCUUUUUAUUACCUCCUGCUUUAGGAGUAAAAGCCAGAAGCACGUGCUGCGUCCAGAGUCUCUAGAAGGGACGGAUGAAGAGGACCCUGUCAGUGCUCUCGAGUGGGACCUUCUGUCAGCUGACUACUUACUAGUGUCAAACCUCCAUAACGGCAUCAGGCUGGUGGACAGCGAAGGUCUGGCGUGCAUCACGUCCUUCUGUUUCCCCUCAGCUGCUGCAUCUGUUCAGUGUUUGGCCUGGGUCCCCUCGGCUCCGGGGAUGUUCAUCACUGGAGAUUCACAGGUCGGGGUGUUGAGAGUUUGGAACGUGUCUCGGUCCACUCCGUUGGACAGCUUUAAGCUGAAGAAAACAGGAUUUCAUGCUCUGCACGUCCUCAACUCCCCUCUCACCAAAAAGGCUCAGGGCUCCUGUUCUCCCAGUAAAAGCCAGCACACCAGUUCCACCAGCGAGGCUGUCCCCCCCCCAACCCUGUCCCAGAACCGGGCCUUCUCUCUGCCGCCCGGCCAUGCAGUGUGCUGCUUCAUGGACGGUGGUGUUGGACUCUACGAUAUGGGAGCCAAGAAGUGGGAUUUCCUGCGAGACUUGGGUCAUGUAGAAACCAUCUUUGACUGCAAGUUUAAACCAGAUGAUCCCAACCUGCUGGCGACGGCUAGUUUUGAUGGAACCAUAAAAAUCUGGGACACCAACACGCUGACGGCUGUUUAUACCUCCCCCGGCAACGAAGGAGUGGUUUACUCGCUGUCCUGGGCUCCAGGAGACCUGAACUGCAUCGCAGGAGCGACGUCUCGUAAUGGAGCGUUUAUCUGGGACGUCAGGAAAGGGAAAAUCAUCACCCGAUUUAAUGAGCACGGUAAAAAUGGAAUAUUCUGCAUAUCGUGGAGCCACAAAGACUCCAAGAGAAUCGCCACGUGCAGUGGAGAUGGAUUCUGCAUUAUCCGGACCAUUGAUGGGAAAAUCCUGCAUAAGUACAAACAUCCUGCUGCUGUGUUUGGCUGCGACUGGAGCCAGAACAACAAGGACAUGAUAGCGACCGGCUGCGAGGACAAGAACGUGCGUGUGUACUACCUGGCCACCAGCUCGGACCAGCCUCUGAAGGUUUUCACCGGACACCUGGCUAAAGUUUUCCAUGUUCGCUGGUCUCCGCUCAGGGAGGGAAUUCUGUGCUCCGGAUCAGACGAUGGCACCGUUCGUAUAUGGGACUACACUCAGGAUGCUUGUAUCAACGUGCUGAGCGGUCACACGGCGCCGGUCAGAGGCCUGAUGUGGAACACGGAGGUUCCUUACCUCCUCAUCUCAGGUUCCUGGGAUUACACGAUCCGGGUGUGGGACACCAGAGACGGGACAUGUCUGGAUACCGUCUACGACCACGGAGCAGAUGUCUAUGGUUUGACGUGCCAUCAGAAUCGUCCCUUCACCAUGGCGAGCUGCAGCAGAGACAGCACGGUCAGGUUGUGGUCCCUCACGCCCCUCAUCUCUCCUCUGCUGCUGAACAUCUUGACGGAGCAGCCGUGGGAGAAGAUCAUAGGAAACACAGACACAGCGAUGGUUCCCGGCUCGCCGCCGCUGCUCUGUGGGAAAGUGUCCAGAGACAUCAAACAGGAGCUGGACAAACUGAGCGGAGACAUCAGGACCAAGAAGCUGCGCUGGUUCUCUGAGUGCUUUUCUCCUCCAGAGGGCAGCAGUAACCUGUGGGACUUGGUCUUCGUCAUCAACGGUCAGGACGACUCGCUGCUGCCUGCCAGCUACAGUAAAGGAGUGAUGCACAUGAAACACCUGGUCAAGUUUAAAACGUCUGAAGCUCAGGAGCUGACGAUCGUGAAGAUGUCGAAGUUUGGAGGAGGAAUUGGAGCUCCCAGUAAAGAGGAGCGUCUGAAAGAAGCAGCAGAGAUCCAUCUGAGGCUGGGGCAGAUCCAGAGAUACUGUGAGCUGAUGGUGGAGCUGGGACAGUGGGAGAAAGCCUUAUCUGUGGCACCUGGAGUCUCCAUGAAGUACUGGAAGAAACUCAUGCAGAGACGAGCUGAUCAGCUGAUGGCCGAGGACAACGAUGACGCCAUCCCGUAUUGCAUCGCCACCGGAGACAUUAAAAAACUCGUAGCAUUUUUCACCAGCAGGGGGCAGCUGCUGGAAGCCUUACUGAUCGCACAGGGAGCGUGUGAAGGGAACAUCCGUUCUCCGCAGAGUUCCUCCAUCAGCCACACGACCAACGAUGUGGACAACAGACAGCAGUACCAGAGUCUUCUUCAUAACGUAUGUAAGAAACUCGCAGAGUGGUACUUCCAGGAUGGGUGCUCGGUUCUGGCUGCAUGCUGCCACCUAGCUGUCGACAACAUCCAGUUGGCCCUGGCCAGCCUGAUCCGAGGAAACGAGCUGGAGUUGGCUGCAUGUGUCGGACUCGUCCUGGGAGAGGCAGCCAAUCAGAGCACGGCUUAUUGCCUCGAGCUGUUGGCAAGGAAGUACAUGACCACCCCAACGUGGGAGCUUUCAGCUGACCUACUGCAAAUGAUUCCUGACAACCAUGUUUUAUUGGCCAAGCUGUGUGCAUUUUACCCAGGAAGUGUUGCAGAAAUCAGCCAGCUGCGCGAGAGGUGUGGUCUUCCUUCACUGGAUGAAUGUAAAACUUUGGCAGAAGAAGCUGUGAGAGAUGGAGAUCUGUUCUCUGCAGUCAAAUUCCACCUCCUCAGCUCUGAACCUGAACAUGCCUUGCAGAUCGGGGUAGACUUCGUGAAAGAACAGCUGUCUGGAUCUGAUUGGACGGUGGAUAGUGUUCAGCCAAUCCUGGAUCUGAUGAGUUACAUCCGGACCGACCGCCUCAUCCUGACCAAGCUAACCCAGGCCCGCAGCGAGCUGUUGAUCCUGUGUGGUUACAUCGGAGGUCUGCUUGCCAUCAGAAAAAGCUACUGCAGCAUCGUUCCUGCUCUCUAUGAAUACACCAGCCAGCUGCUGAAGAGGAGGGAGGUGUGCGUUCCUCUGAAGAUCGAACAGCUGACGGUGGAGCUGGAUGCAUGGAGAGCGUGCACACAAUUGAACAACAUUCCACCAUCAGAGAGUCAAAGAGAAGAGUUCAUCUGCCUGGAGAGGAGAAUCCUGCCAACAGAACCAGCUGCGUUGGUUCUGAGUGGGGCCGAUUAUGUGACGGGCUCAAAUCUGCCAAGCCACUCAGACCUUCACCUGUCCUGUUUCACCGGACACAGAAUACAGGGUCCGGUGUUUUUACUGGAAGACAAUAAAUCAGCGAUUUCUCUCAAUGAUGCGUUAAUGUGGGCGAAGGUGAACCCCUUCUCUCCGCUGGGAACCGGACUCCGGAUCAAUCCUUUCUGACCUGCAGAGAAGAACCGCACAGAGAACAGUAUUAACUGAAAAAAUGACAAGCUGAGCUGAAAGAUUUAACAUUUAAUGCUCCAAAUGAAUGUGACAGUAAAAAGAAAGUACACCCACCGGUAACGUUCCUGCAUUUCAGAACCUAAAACUGAACUUCAUUUAAAAUGAAACCAAAACAUUUUUUACCAUGUCGUUAUUAUAAACCUGAACCGUAUGAGAAAAGCUGAGUCCACCUCAUGAUCCAGCAGCAUGUAGAACCCCCUCCAGCAACCAGUAGAACCACCCUCAGCAGCCCGUAGAACCUCCUCCAGCAGUUUGUAGAACAGCGGCGGUUCUGUCUGACUUCAUCAGUAGCUCACAUAGUUGUGGAGGAACUUUGGAUCCGUCUUCCUUCCAACGUUGCUUGAGUUAAUUAAGGGUUCUGCACAGCUCUCGGAAUGUCCCAUCAGGGCAUUUCAAUAAGGUUGAGGUCUGAACUUUGACUAGGCCAUUGCGAUACAUUGAAUCUUUUUUUAUUCUGUUGUACAUCUGCUGCUGUGUUUAGGAUCAUGGUUCUGUUGACCCAGUUUGGUCCAAGUUUCAGCUGUUGGACAGAUACGUUGGUCUACAGAGAGGUUCAUGGUCCACUGAAUGUCACAUGGCUACAAAACAAGCCCAGAUCAUUAUCCUUCCACCACCGUGCCUAAGAGUUGGUGUGAGGUGUUUUUGCAGAUGUGUUGUGCUUGGUUUUCUCCAAACAUGAUUCUGUCCAUUAUGGUCCAACAUCUCUACUUUGGUCUCAUCUGUCCAGAGGACAUUAUCCCAGAAGUCUUGUCCUUCAUCCAGAUGCAGCUUUGCUAGCCUAAGUCCUGCUGCCAUCUUGUUUGGAGAGAGAAGAAUUUUUCUCCUUCACCCCUUCCAAACAGCCAUACUGGUUCAGUGUCAUGACCUUUAACCUGCUAACCAAAGCCCUGUAGAGUCUCAGAUUGAGCUCUUGGCUUUUUGGUCAUUUCUCUGAGCUUCACGCUCUGACAUUGGGCUGAAUUUGCUGGGCUAAACUGGGGUUUAAAUAUUGAUUGGCACAGAGGCACAUUUAUCUUAGGCACUCUUCAAAAUGGGAAAGACAGCAGUUCAUGGUUGCUGCUUCCCUUCUUAAAUCUGAUAGAAGCUGCUGGGCUGGAUUCCUUCCUGUUGGAGCGCGAUUUUAUGGUAAAUGACCUGUGCUUGUAUAGCGUUUAUCAAGUUCCCAGAGACCCCAAAGCUCUUCACACUACAAUCAGUCAUCCACCCAUUCACACGCUGACAGCGGUGAGGCUGCCAUACACAGGUGCCACUGGGCCCGCUGACCACCAUCACCAGGUGAGGAGGGUGAAGUGUCUUGCCCAAGGACUCAAUGACUGAGAUGAACAAAGAGGGGGUUCGAACAGGCAACCCACUGGUUACAGGACGAACCUCUACCACUGUCAUUAUCGUCGCCCCGUCCUGUUAUGGGAGAACUUUACUUUCUUCGUACUGUCACUUUAAGAGGUCAGCUGUAUUUUUAAAGCAGGUUGUUGACUUUUUUAGACUUUGCCUUUGAUUCGUUGUAGCUGUGAUGUGAGCAGAAGAUGAGUUUUCUGAGCGUUUUUCAGCUGAGCGUGUAAAUACAGGGUAGAUAUCUGGUACUGUAAAAAACAAGAAAACAGUGGAAUAAAGCAAACAAUGCAAACUUC